AUGAUUGUGUUCUUGGUUGCAACUGCUGCCAUGUGCUGGCUCAGCUAUUACCUCAUGCUGGUCUAUGCUUCGUCCUGUGCUUCUUUGCAAAGCCAGUUGGAGCAGUUCACCUUCGGGAAGCUGGACUGCGCAUGCUGCGCGAAAGGCCAUGCAAGUGAGGACGAGCACUGCGAUCGGAAGACCAUCUCGCAAUGCAUCUCCGUGUGGUUCGGCUCCACUGAGCAGUUCGAGCGAGCUGCACGGCAAGAGGUGCAGCAUGCACUCCAGCAGCAGCUCGGGAAAGCACUCUGCCCUUACAGCCUGCACUUGCAGCUCGAGGUGCCCUUCCUGUGGGCCGGCCUCGACACAGCAUCAGCAAGAUUUCGAGCUGGGGACUGGGAGGAAGGGCUUUGGCUGGUCCUUGGUGGUUUGGUCUGGUUUUUGCUCAUCAUACCGGCCAUCUACCGCCUCACGAUCAGUGCCAUCCUAAGGCUGAAGCGGCUGCUUGAAGAGAAUCUGGGCUUCACACCAGGAGGGCUAUUGUGGAUGGGCAUUGUGAUUCCACCAAGUCUACUAACGCUGCUGCGUUUUCAUGAAUGCUUUAGAGCAGUUGCCCCUGCCGUCUCUGAGUAA